GCGGCGCCAUCGACGAGCGGCCGGCGAAAGACGAUCUUUUCGCCUCGGAACCGACGCGGAAAGGGAAAAGGCGCACGCGAAAUGACUCCGAGUUUUCUCCUCCAGCCGGUACGGUGCGAGUGUGACCAUCCUUUGACGUUUAAUGGCGGCCAGCGGCGAGUGCACGGCCAGUGACAGGUAUCAAGGACUCGGCAUGGAUUUCAGGGAUAGUAACAUUUCCUCGCCACUGGGACGCUCGUGUCUUUCGCGUCACGCGGUACAGUCCCCGUUCUCAAUGUCAGUUGCUGCCUCGGAAAUUUACCCGUUCCUUCGAACGUUUCUUUGGAAUUACUAUUGGAAUUAUUACUUUGGAAAUAAGUUCGCCGGUGGUCGCGUUAAUGUGACGACCCUGCCCACUGUCGCAUUUAAUCGUGGAGAUGAUGUAAAAGAUAGAAGUAAAGAUUCGUAGGGCCUGUACCAUGCGUCACAAUAAGCGCACCAUCCUGUGACGUCAUAUUUCUUGUGCCAGUAGAUGUAAGCGGUGUAGUAAUGGUAACAAAUGUAACAGUUAAUAGUUUCCAUUACUUCAGUUCCGUGAAUCAAACGCGGAGUUUUCUUAAUAGUGACCUCGUGUUGAAUCACUUAUGAGGCUAUGAAAGUAUGUGGAAGGGUUUAGUUACGCCUAGCCUUCUUUGCAACACAUCCAGGGAUAUUCGUAGUAACGAGAUGAAGCGCUUUAUUUGCAUAAGAAUCAAUACCGAGGAAGACACAAUUACGAACCUGUCCGAUGUGGCGAAGAAAUGCAGAUGCGAAAUCGAUGAAGGAUCGCGAAUAGCGUUAAUGUACAUUAAAAAAAAAAACUCUUAAACAAUCAUGUACUAGGAGAAAUAUAUAGCGUAUCGUAGACAUUCUC